AUGUCUAACAAAUUAGCCGAUUAUAUCUUCUUCCGUUUGCAUCAACUAGACAUCUUCGGUGUGCCAGGCGACUACAAUCUCCGAUUACUCGACUAUAUUGAGCCAUCUAGCCUUACCUGGAGAGGCAACUGCAAUGAGCUGAAUGCUGCCUAUGCUGCGGAUGGAUAUGUACGGGUCGAUGGCCUCUCUACUCUCGUCACGACGUUCGGUGUCAGAGAAUUAUCCGCUAUCAACGGCAUUGCGGGUGCUUAUACUGAAAAGGCACCUAUCAUUCACAUUGCUUGCACAUCUGGACGGAAGCCCCAAGAGCCUCGGGCUCUAGUGGAUUUGAAAGACCCCUGGCUGGUACCCGAUCAGCUCGACUGGGUGUUGCAAGAAGCGCUAAUUCGUAGUCGACCUGUAUUCUUACAAGUUCCAGAUGACAUGGUAGAUGUCCUUGUGGAGAGAUCAAACUUGACCUCAAUGAUAUGCAUGCCCUUUGCUCCGGCUACUGGACAUAUAUAUACAGCUGAACGACCGUUAGUACUAGUGGAUGGAGAAAGCCGACCCAUGAGUAUCUUGGGCCAUUUUGAUAUCCUAGUGAAGACAAAAGAAUGGCCCACCUGGACAACAAUCUUCGGCAAAAGCCUGGUCAACGAACAACUCCUGAGUCUUGACUCGGCAGACUUAAUCCUCAACCUACUUCCCCGUUACAGCGACACAAACAGCCAAAGCUUCACCACUCUGCCCAAUCCAACCGCGACAAUCGCCUUCUCGCACACCUAA